CUUCUCAUCUCCACGUGCUCCUCGUUUUACAUCUGAUGAGACCAGGAAUACUCAUUAAAAUUACAUCCUAGCCUGCAGCUGUGGGUUAGAAGCAACGUUAUUUGAAGGCCUGCCACUGAACUGCAGCCAUCAGUCUGUCUGUCUGUAAAGUGCAAUGAAAAUGCCUUCCUGGGUCAUUCUCCUCCUGGCUGGAUGGACCUUUUGUGAAAAGUUAUGUUUGUGCUAUGGGAUGGACUAUGAUUAUUCGAACUAUGAAAAUGAAGAGGAAAAGCCAGAGGGCAUUGAUUAUAAAGAUCCAUGCAAAGCUGCUGUCUUUUGGGGAGAUAUUGCCUUAGAUGAAGAAGAUUUAAAAAUGUUCCAAAUUGACAGAACAAUUGACCUCACUCAGCAUUCAAAUUAUAAAGUGGGACACACCACAGGUGGCCUUGGAGAACAUGAUUUAGAAAAAAAGAGGGGUGCUCUCUAUCAGCUUAUUCAAAAGAUACAAAGAUUUGGAUCUGGUUAUGAACGUACCAAUGGAACUAACGAAAAGGAUCCCAAGCCUUCAGGGAAAAAUGAGAGAACUCGAAUUCCCAGAGCAGCUACAUCUCGAGCAGAAAGAAUAUGGCCUGGUGGAGUCAUUCCAUAUGUUAUUGGUGGCAAUUUCACUGGUAUCCAGAGAGCAAUGUUUAAACAGGCGAUGAGGCACUGGGAGAAACACACAUGUGUGACUUUUAUUGAGCGAUCUGAGGAAGAGAGCUACAUUGUGUUUACGUACAGGCCUUGCGGGUGCUGUUCCUAUGUUGGAAGAAGAGGGAAUGGACCUCAAGCAAUAUCAAUUGGCAAAAACUGUGAUAAGUUUGGGAUAGUUGUUCAUGAGCUGGGCCAUGUCAUUGGCUUUUGGCAUGAGCACACGCGGCCAGAUCGAGAUGAUCACGUUGCAAUCAUCAGAGAGAACAUUCAACCAGGUCAGGAAUAUAACUUUUUAAAAAUGGAACCAGGAGAAGUAAACUCACUUGGAGAGUCCUAUGACUUUGAGAGCAUCAUGCACUAUGCAAGGAACACCUUCUCAAGGGGUAUGUUUCUGGAUACUAUUCUGCCUUCCCGUGAUGAGAAUGGCUUGCGUCCUCCUAUUGGCCAACGAACCAGAUUAAGUAAUGGGGAUAUCGCACAGGCAAGAAAACUGUACAGAUGUCCAGCAUGUGGAGAGACCUUGCAAGAAUCUACGGGCAACUUUUCAUCUCCAGGUUUUCCAAAUGGUUAUCCAUCCUACACUCACUGCAUAUGGAGGGUUUCUGUGACACCAGGGGAAAAGAUUGUGUUAAAUUUUACCACUAUGGACCUUUACAAGAGCAGUCUGUGCUGGUAUGACUAUAUUGAAGUAAGGGAUGGAUAUUGGAGAAAAUCACCACUUCUAGGUAGGUACUGUGGAGAUAAACUUCCAGAAGUUCUCACAACAACAGACAGCAGAAUGUGGAUUGAAUUCCGAAGCAGCAGCAACUGGGUCGGAAAAGGAUUUGCUGCGGUUUAUGAGGCAAUUUGUGGUGGUGAAAUCCACAAAGAUUCUGGUCAGAUUCAGUCUCCCAAUUAUCCUGAUGAUUAUAGGCCAUUGAAGGAAUGUGUGUGGAAAAUAACCGUUGGAGAAAACUACAAUGUCGGAUUAACCUUUCAGGCAUUUGAGAUUGAACGCCAUGACAGCUGUGCUUAUGAUUAUUUGGAAGUAAGGGAUGGAAGCAGUGAGAAUAGUCCACUCAUUGGCCAUUUUUGUGGCUAUGACAAACCAGAAGACAUCACAUCUACCUCAAACACGCUGUGGAUGAAGUUUGUUUCUGAUGGAACAGUAAACAAAGCUGGGUUUGCUGCUGACUUUUUAAAGGAGGAGGAUGAAUGUGGCAAACCAGACAAUGGCGGAUGUGAGCAGCGCUGUGUUAACACUCUGGGAAGUUAUAAGUGUUCCUGCGAUCCUGGUUAUGAGCUGGCACCUGACAAAAAAAGCUGUGAAGCUGCAUGUGGUGGGCUGCUGACUAAACUUAAUGGCACCAUAACCACUCCAGCCUGGCCCAAAGAGUACCCACCCAACAAAAAUUGUGUGUGGCAGGUAGUGGCUCCAUCUCAGUACAGGAUCUCCAUGAAGUUUGAGUUCUUUGAAUUGGAAGGCAAUGAAGUUUGCAAAUACGACUUUGUUGAAGUUCGUAGCGGACUUUCAUCUGAUUCAAAAUUACAUGGAAAAUAUUGUGGAACAGAAGUGCCUGAAGUUAUUACUUCCCAAUAUAACAAUAUGAGAAUCGAAUUUAGGUCGGACAACACUGUAUCAAAGAAGGGCUUUCGGGCACACUUCUUCUCAGACAAGAAAGCUUCCUGCAAAGGAAAGAUUUUUAUUUUUGAAUCUUGCAAGGACUUGAUAAAAGGUGAUCCAUCAGGCCGAGUACGUGUAAUUGACAGACUGGUGUCCUCUGUAGGUAUCAGAGAUAAAGAUGAGUGUUCGAAAGACAAUGGAGGCUGCCAGCAUGAGUGUAUAAAUACCAUAGGUAGCUAUGUUUGCCAGUGCCGUAAUGGAUUUGUGCUCCACGAGAACAAACACGACUGCAAAGAAGCUGAAUGUGAACACCGAAUUCAUAGUCCAAAUGGAGUAAUCACGAGUCCAAACUGGCCAGACAAAUAUCCUAGUCGCAAAGAAUGCACGUGGGAAAUAAGUGCCACCCCAGGCCACAGAGUGAAACUGACUUUUGGAGAGUUUGAGAUUGAGCAACAUCAAGAAUGUGCUUACGAUCACCUGGAGGUGUUUGAUGGGGAAACCGACACAUCCCCUAUCCUGGGACGUUUAUGUGGCAAUAAGAUACCAGAACCGUUGGUUGCCACUGCAAAUAAAAUGUUUUUGCGUUUUGUCUCUGAUGCAUCAGUGCAAAGGAAAGGUUUUCAAGCCACGCAUUCUACAGAGUGUGGCGGCAGAUUAAAGACUGAAACAAAACCAAGAGACUUAUUUUCUCAUGCCCAGUUUGGUGAUAACAACUACCCAGUCCAAGCAGAUUGUGAGUGGUUGUUGGUGACAGAAAGAGGGUUACAUGUGGAGCUUACAUUCCAAACAUUUGAGGUGGAAGAAGAGGCCGAUUGUGGUUAUGAUUAUAUUGAGCUUUUUGAUGGCUAUGACACAUCUGCAAUAAGGCUAGGGCGUUUCUGUGGGUCAGGGCCUCCAGAAGAAAUUGUAUCAACCGGUGAUGCAGUACUGAUUCAUUUCCAUACAGACGACACGAUAAGCAAGAAGGGAUUUCAUAUACGAUACAAAAGUGUGAAAUUUCAAGAUAUCCUACACACCAAAUAACAUAAGAAACCUCUGACAAAAAAAAACAAUUAUGUGCACGCAAGAUUGACAUUUUGGUUUUAUGGAUUUUUAAUGAUUUUAUUUUGUUUCUUUUUACAAACUUUAAUAGUAGACAUUUUUAUAAGGCAAGUAUAAACUAAAGUACCCUGGAAUAUCAGGAGCAACAUAAACAAGAAACAAUGAUUUCAAUACAUUGGAGACAUUUUUAAAGUAGAUACAGAAUGACUUUUUUUUGCUGGAGUCCAUGAAAGGCCACUGCAUGCUUAUAGGAAGAAAUGUGCUUUCGUACUUUGCUUGACAUUUGUCAAAGUUGCCUGCAGAAUCAGUCAGUAACAUUCAGUAAAAAUCAACCGGAGGACAGCAUUACCGCCUGAUUGUUUCUCAGAAACAAGAAAAAUAUAGGCAAGAUUGAAAGAUCCCGCUGGUCACAGACCUGUAUGUUUUCAAAAUUUUUUUGACUUGACUCUUAUGCUUCUGCUGUCCGCAUAUAACCUAUAAACAACAUUUAGGAUGUUCUGUAGAAUUCAGGAUUCCUCCAUUUAUUUGCAUAAUGAUUCUAAGAAACUGGAAUAUUAAAGCCCUGAUCUUUCUUUAUACAGAUGUCUGUUUUACAUUCUAUAAACAGCCCUUCUGUUCCUUCCAUUGUAAGCAUCAUUUAGAAGAAUGUAACAGUUUUAUUGUUUGAGCAUUCUAUUUGUGUGACUACUAAGAAAGGUUUUCACUUUGCUGGUCUAAUGUCAUAUGUUAUGCACUGUUCCCUUUGCACCAAACCUAAUCAGGGACCUAAGUGAGUUUUUUUUUUUUUUUUUUUUAAAUCUACUACUUUAUCUAAUUAGUGAUGAGGGAGGAAGGUGAAUUUUAGAAUGACCCCUCAAAUUUGUUAAACUUUGUUUUUCCACUUCAGGCUUUUUCACUUCAGUAACAAGAAGGCUGCUAUAUUGUCUAUUUGGGAUUCUUUUUCCUUCUGACAAAAGAUUCUGUAGUGUUCAUAUGCCUAUAGAGAUUGUCUGUGGAAGGAGACUACCUUUAUAUCGUGGACUGUUUAGUAUAUACUUUGUUAUUGGAAGAAAUCUCCAAUGGUGCUAUUCCUCAAGCAUAAAAAUGAAGACAAACUGAUUAGAUAAACAAAACCACAAAGAGAAACAAAGAAAUUAUUGAGCCAACAAUCUACAAAACAUGAAUGUCUUACUAUGCCUGGCUGCAUCUGAAUGCUUAAGACUUAUUACGUGUAUGUAAAGAUCAUUGCAAUUGCAGCCCUAUGUCCUGUGGAACAACUUUUGCCUUAGAAUUAUUGCACAUGAUCGAACAGAUCGUAUUGUAGAUAAAUCUGUAAUUUGAUACAGUAUAAUUUUAAGUCGUUAAAUCAUGUAUGUUACGAAGGAAAUUGUAAACAAAAGCUUAUAGCUUCUCGUGUACAUAUGACUUUCUUUCAGUAUAGAUUAUAUUGUAUGUUUAAAUGGUUAUGAUGUACUUUAGGCCCAUACAGAUAUAGUGAUGUAUAUGCUAAUGUCUGUUUGAAUGUACAUGUUCCAUAAGUGUGAAAUACCCUGUAUGGUUGACUAGUUAAACUGUUACUUUGUGCCAAAUUACUUGGAUUCCUUUUUGACAAUAGCAGCUUUUAAAGUUGUUAAAUGCAGAAAAUUGGAUAUUUAACGUUACUGGAAAUUAAAUUCAAAUGAGUUGUUUUGAUUGUUUGUAGGUUGCUAUGUACAUUGGCAUCAGGUCUUAUCUUCCAAAAUUCAC